AAUCUAGGUUGUUGCGGUGCUUGAAACGUCUCUUUUCAACUACAUUUCAAGAGCGUCUAUUGAGUAAUAUCAUGGCAGAAAAGAGUGGUGAAAUUUCGUCUAGUAUUUGGAAGUCUUUGCUAGAUAAUCUGAACAGUGUCAUAGACCAAGUACAAGAUGGCGAAGGAAGGGCAACUGUAGGGGAUGAUUUCAACUACAAGGCCUACUGGAAAAAGUUGGGUGAUGUUUUCAAAGCAGUGUCCCAUGAAGCAACAAAGUUAUCCUUGGCGUACUCCAAACCACCUGUACCAUCUAAUGAGGAAUGUGAAAGUUUACUGGCUUCAGUAGAGAGAACAGUACUGGCCCUGCUACAUGUAUUCAGCAACUUACCAAAGUCAGCAGGUCUGACAUUAAGAAAAACACUUAAAUCCUCUGUGAGACAGUUGGUGGAAGGUAUCAAAAGUCUGGCUGAACCAAUACAGAAAUACAGCGCUGGUUCUUGUGAGCAGUUACAGAAUACAGGCAUUGUUUGGGAAGAAAGUGACAAAUUUUCACAUUUACCACAGGACAACAAGUCAGCUGUACUUAUUGUGAUAGAGAACAAUAUUCCAAUGGUAGAUGAUGCUCACAGUGAAUUAACAGAGGCCCUUAACAGCGAUGAAGAUGAUGAUGGAUUGGACGAGUUUCUUGGAAUAUCGAACUCACGAUCACAGAAUGAUCAACAGUGGACGGAAUCUGACAAAAAUAUUAUACAGUAUUGCCUAGGACUCAUUAAAUGUUCAAAAUCUCUGUUAAAAAAGACAAAGUCUGCAGUGAAAAUGAAUGGGGAUUGUGACAAAGAUGAGUAUAUAUCGCAGCUUGAUGAUGUUGCUGACAGAGUGGAAAGAUUGAGUCCAGUUGUUGACGAGUUGGCGUCCUGUGUUUAUCCCCCACUCAGAUGUUCUGUUGUACAUGAAAAGGCAUUAGAACUUGGAAGAGUUAAUAGGGAACUUCUUGACUUUUUAAGACAUAGUCAUGUGACUGGAGAGGCUGAUAAGAAGUGGCUAGACUUCCUGGUGAAAGCCAACUCACAUAAUCUUACCAAACUUAACAGUUUGAUACCGCCUACUUGAAUUAUGUUGUAGCUUUUGCACAUUAAAAAGUGAAACUGA